AAAGAGGAAGAGAAGGAGAGAAAAACUCGCCGUCUAUGAUGUAAAGAAGGGGUGUCUAUCGAUAGGCUAUCCCCUAUACGGAAGCCACUUGCCACGCAUCGGGUUAGACCGCGUCGCAUGGAGCGAGAAAUCUUCGGGGACGGUGGAAACCGGAGGCGCAUCUGAUUGGUUCAUCGGCGGUGCGGGAAUCGGCAAGAAGUCGACUUUCACAAUGGGUGACUGGAGAAGGAGCAGACGCUUCGGCUUGGAAACGGGCAGAAAGGAGGAUCGUGGCGAGGGCACAUCGGCUGGGCCGCAACAAGGCGGUGGCGAGGGCGGUGACGGUGUGACGAUCCCCGUCAUCGAGCAUCUCUCAUUGGGCAAUACCACUGGAGGUACCUAG